AUGAGUUCCUAUGUUCCGCCGCACCGUCGCCGAAAUACGGGAGAUAACGCAAACUCGCAGCAGGGUUCCAAUAAUUCAAGAUUUGGAGACCGGCAAGGUGGUAGGGGAGGCAGAGGCGGAGGAAGGGGUGGUGGAUACCAACGAGAUGAUGGAUAUCAGAAUUCAGGAGGAAGAUAUUCGGGUCGUGGACGAGGAGGCCAUGGUAGAGGUGGCGGUGGUGGUGGAUAUCGGAACAAUAAUUCACCUCCACGCGGUGGGUAUGAUGGGCCAUCUCAGGAGCAGCAGCGAGGCGGAGAUGAUAACAAUCGUCCUUCAUUUGACAAUCCUUGCCGCCAGCAUGAUGGGGCGCACCCUUGGCACGAGUGCCCCGCGAAUCGCCACAGUCCAAAUUAUGAUCCAACUCAGCAGCAGGGGGGCUACAAUCAAGGGCGAGACUAUGGAAGACGAAACAACUACAAUAAUGCACAGGAUCAUACUGAUCACGUGGAUGCUGCUGCCUCGUCAGGUGGUUCCAAUUCCAGAUUUGCACAAGCCGAAAAUAGUCGUUGGAAUAAUGAUUCAUCCGGCGGUAGAGGUGGUGGAUACCGACAUCAGGAUGAUAGAAACAACAACAACAGAGACUAUCACCAAGGAGGAAGAUAUUCGGGUGGCCGAGGAGGUGACCGAGGAGGUGGUGGUUAUGGAUAUCAUGGGAACAAUAAUUCACCUCCACGUGGUGGCUAUUCGAAUCAAUAUGAUGGGCCAUCUCAGCAGCAGCAGCGAGGAAGAGAUGAUAACAAUCGCCCUUCGUUUGAUAAUCCCUGUCGACAGCAUGAUGGAGCGCACCCUUGGCAUGAGUGUCCUGCCAAUCGCAACAGUCGAAGCUAUGAUCCCACUCAGCAGGGGGGCUAUCAUCAUCAUCGUGACAACUACAACACAGGCCGAGGAGGAGGCAGAGGUUCUGGGGGUGGAUAUUACAACAACAACUCUGGAAGAGGAGGAGGUCGUUCCAAUUACCAGCACGACAACAAUAACCGGAACAGACAACAGCAACCACGACAGUACAACUAUAAAACCCCCGAGAUUCGUGGCAUGCUGGGAGAUGCCGGAGAUUCUCCGGAAUGGUUGGCGGCGUGCAAAAAAUUUCCAAAUGGCGUGCCGCGGUUUGAGUCUCUCGACGAAUGUACUCGGUGGUCCCUCGACUACGUCUCCACACAUGGGGGCAGCAACAAUGCCGAGCCGCAUCUCCAACACAUUUUUACCAUGUUGACGCACUGGCGUCACGUCAAGGACAUGCUCCUGCCUUCCAUACAGGCGGCUCGAAGGGAACCAAGCACAAAAACCAACGAAGAAGCCAGUAGCAACAAUAUCUACGAAAAUCCCGAAAAGACGCAAGCCGUCACGGCCGCCAUGGAUGCUCGAUUGGACGUUCCCUUUCAUCGCCGUACGACGGCCACCAGUACAUGGAAUACACUCCGUUAUCUCUUUUUCCACAUGCGAUGUGGCAUGUUUGUCAUGAUACGCAACGGUAAACUCCGCAUCUUUAGUCCUUUUGUCAAUCCCGAAUAUCGCAACACGUGGUCUCAUGCACUGACCCUGGAAAACGACGAUUUGGACGCCUACUAUGCCGAAAAGAGAAAUAAAUACCGACCGGAAAAUGUCUGUCCCGACAAGAGUCAAUGGUGGGCCAAUGGGAACAUCUUGUGCAAUGAAGUGAGCAAACCCCGUAAUGGUGCCAAGGAUCAGCACUGGGGAGACCACUUUAUGGCUCCCUUACGAGACAUGUUGGCAGAAGCCUGUCGACUGCGGGAAAUGCCAGACUGCGAGUUCUUUCUCAACAAGAGAGAUUAUCCGCAAUGUAAAGUCAACAUGGAGAAAGGCGUGCCCGUGGAGCCGUACGGAUUCAUUUACGACAAGGACGAUCGUGAUCCCGCACAGGAUGUCGACUUGGCCCCCGAGCAUACUUUCGCUUCGCUAGCACCGGUGGUAUCCUUCUAUGCCGCUUCGGAAGAUCGCUUCACCGAUCUGCCGUGGCCCAGCUCGGAAGAUUGGGAGGCAGCCACUGGCAAAGUCUUUCCCCAUACAUUCAUGCACAAGUACAAGCGAGGUGGAGAGCUGCAAAUGCAGGGCAGUCCGCGUGAUCUCUUCACCGAAGCCAAUUUUCGAAAAUUCGAGCGUUCUUGGGAUGAAGGACGUGUUGCUACCGCCUUUUUCCGUGGUACCGCAUCGGGAGGAGGCACCACCCUUGACACCAAUCAGCGUCUCAAGCUGGCGGAUUUGUCGAACAGCUGGAAAGACGAUCCCGUCAAAGGUGGGGAAGAGCCCUACUUGGAUGCUGCCCUCACCGGUUGGAAUCUGCGUGACAAGAAGAUUGCCGAAUCUCCCAUGACCUUCCUCCGACCCAACACGCUCCCUUUUACUGCCGGUCGAGAGCAUUUCACACCAAUCUACGAACAGUCCAAAUACAAGUAUCUUGUCUAUGUGGACGGCCACUGUGCUGCUUGUCGGUACGGCUUCCUCAUGCGAUUGGGGAGUGUCAUUUUGAAGGUGGAAUCCAGACAAGUCGCCGAUCGACUCUGGUACUUUCCGCUUCUCCAACCCGGUGUAGAUCACAUCCCCGUCAAGGCGGAUCUAUCCGACCUCGAGGAGAAGAUUCGUUGGUGCCGCGAGCAUGACGAUGAAUGUCGCAUUAUCGGGGAAAAUGCCAAGCGGUUGUACGAGACCUAUGUGGCACGAGAAGGGUUGUUGGACUAUGUGCAAAUGGCGUGCCGACGCAUUGCCUCCAGAUACGACCCCUGCGACGACAACAAAACGUCCGUGGCCAUUAUUGUCCCGUAUCGAGAUUUGCAUUCCUCCCAGCAACGAGCCGCUCAUUUAAAACAGUUUGUGCCGCACAUGCUAAAGUUCCUGUCCGGGCUGGAAAGUCAGGGUCGUAUCGUGGACUACCACAUUUACAUUGUGGAACAGUCGGACGAUGGUCGCAAAUUCAACCGAGGCAAACUGCUCAACAUUGGAUUCCAAGCUGCCUCGCACGCCAAGGACAAGGCGCACGAUGUGUUUAUUUUCCAUGACGUGGAUUUGCUUCCCGACCAAGACUUGGGCCGUUGGUACAGCCAAUACCCAACCCGUCCCAUCCACAUUGCACGUGUGUGGGAUCGCUACAGCAACAACCCCAAGUAUUUUGGUGGCGUCGUGUCCUUUUCUUCGUUGGACUUUCAGCGCAUCAAUGGAUUCCCCAACAACUUUUGGGGGUGGGGUGGUGAAGAUGACGAGAUGCAGCGACGAUUGGUCAAGGUGGGCGUCCAGUUUGACGCGCCCGACGCGGGAGCACUACAGGAUUUGGAGGGCAUGUCGUUGGAGGAAAAGUUGAAUUUUCUGCGGCAGAACCGAGCCUGGAAGAAUGCGGUCAAGUGGGAAGCUGCCGACGAGCACGAUAAGACGUGGACGACGAAUGGGUUGUCGGAUUUGCAGUACGAGCACAUCGAGACGGUGUUCCUGGACGAUACCGAGCAUUCUUCCAAGAUCACGGUCGAUGUGCAGUUCAACGGCAAUCACUGGACAAAUGACAAGGCCGGCAUCGAUUUCCAGCGCCGAGAUUAG